UCACUUAGCGACCGCAAGACUCGUCGCGGCCAACAGCGAAUGCGCUGUCGCCUUUCGCAGGCGUCGUCAUCUCGACCCUGGUUUAUGGCGCACUUAGGCGAACGACUCCACCCCCAGCGAUUUGUCUCGACUGGCGAACAGUCUCUUCUCGCACGACGGAGGAGGCUAAAAUAAUUAUAAGAGUCGAUGGCGUUGCCCCCUCCCCCCUUUUAGGGCCCUAUCAUUGUUAGUUGCUUUAUUAUUAUGAGCAGUGGCUUCGCUGCCAAAGUGGUUCCCGUGGGCUCUUGAUUUGUUCCUUCAGUCUUUCCUUUCUGACCCCAGACGCUCAUUCAAACAACAAUCUUGAACAAAUACAUCAGAAGUAUUAUUUUCAACUCUCUCUCUCUCUCAAUGCAUCUUAGCAACUCUUUGCUGCUGGCCGCUGGCCUCGGCAGCAGCCUGGUCUCGGCCAAAGCCGGCCAUGCCCACCGUCACAACCACGUCGCCCGUGGUGACUCCGAGGACAACGUCGUGACCGUCGUCAACACCGUCGUCGACCUCACCACCGUCCACAUCACCGUCACCGAGACUGCCGGUGCGGUCACGACUGAGACCUCCGCCGUCCAGGAGGCCGUGGCUGUCACCGUCGAGGUUGACGACUCGUCUUCCACUUCGACCACCGCUGCUCAGACCACCUUUGCGACGAGCACUUCUUCUGUUGAGGAAGUCUCGACUUCUUCUUCUUCUUCUUCCUCUUCGUCUUCCUCUUCGUCCUCUGCUGAGGCCGAGACGACCGCCUACAGCUCCUCUGCGGCGGCAACCGCGACCGCGACCGGUUCGACCGCCUGGACCGCGACGCCCGCCAGCGGCUCCUUCUCGACCGCCGGGUUCGGUGAAAGCACCUCGUCGAGCGGAUCCGGUGACACGUACAUCGGUAACGUGGGCGACCCGUGGGGCAGCAACAUCAUCGAGGUGAGCGCCGACGUGGCCUACGAGUACCAGUACGUGGUGCGGUUCACGGGCCAGAACACCGAAGACUGGUUCGUCUCGUUCUGGAACAAGUACGGCCCUGACGGCGCCAUGGACGGCUGGUACGGCUACUCGGCCCUCAACUUCACCCUCGCCGCCGGCGAGACCAAGUACGUCGCUUUCAUGGCCGACUCGCAGGGCGGCUGGGGUGCCGCGGAGGGCUCCUCCCUCCCCACCGACGACUACGGCGGUUACUCCUGCACCUGGGGUGAGUUCGACUUCGGCGACACCGAGAACGACGGCUGGUCCGGCUGGGAUGUUUCCGCCAUCCAGGCCCAGGCCGCCGACCAGACCGUCCAGGGUAUGAAGAUCUGUGAGGCCGGUGCCUCCACCAGCACCUGCUCCAUCAUCACCACCGACGCCGACUCCGUCACCAACGCCUACCUCGAGGACGAGGAGGACGUCGAUGGCAUCGGUGGCUCUUGCUCCUCCACUGCCGUCCGUCUCACGGCCGUCAUCGACUACGACUAAGCAAAGAUCGUUUGGCUCGCAGAGAUCUCUCGCCAUGGUCGCUGAAAUAUCUCUUUCCUAUCUUCCAUUCGUUCCUCAAUCUAUUCGUCUUAUCUCAUUUAACUUAUGAGCUAUUGAUCUACUGAAUAGUAAUUCUAGUACGGAGU